AUGGCAAAAGAGGAGCCCUCGAGUAUCUCAAAGGAUUUGCAGGAGCUGCAGAAGAAGUUGUCUUUACUGAUUGACUCCAUCCAGAAUAACUCAAAGGUGGCUGCCUUUAUAAAGUCUCCGGUGGGUCAGUACUUGGACAGGCAUCCUUUUCUGGCCCUCACCUUGCUGGUAUUCAUUGCCAUGUCAGCCAUUCCGGUGGGCUUCUUCGUGCUCCUCGUGGUGCUUUUGUCCGUGGCUGCUCUUGUGGGAGUCAUAUUACUGGAAGGACUGGUCAUUUCUGUGGGUGGCCUCUCACUGCUUUGCGUCCUCUGUGGCUUGGGCUUCGUAUCACUUGCCAUAUCAGGAAUAGUCACCGUGUCUUAUGUGGUGGUCUCCAGUCUCAUCAGCUGCUGGUUUUCUCCCAGACCAUUGGCACAACAAAACCCUGGUGGCGACCGUCAGCUGGCUGUGAAGUCCACAGACUUUGAGGGGCUCUACCAGGAAUGA